CUCACGGAAGGCCUACUCCUGCGUCAGGUGACCACCGAUCCCAUGCUUCAGAACUAUAACGUGAUUAUCUUGGAUGAGGUGCACGAGCGGCACCUGUCGUGCGACUUCCUGUUAGGGGUCAUGAAGUGUCUGAUACACCGGCGCUCGCACGACCUUAAAGUCAUACUCAUGUCGGCGACCAUUAAUAUAGAGCUAUUCAGUCACUACUUCGGCGACUGUCCGGUUAUCCAAGUGCCGGGACGCCUGUACCCCAUAGACGUCCAGUACUUCCCGAUACCGAAAGUGAAGUUCUCGGCGAAGGAGAGGUCGUCGCGAACCGAUGGAAGUCCUUACCUGCGGAUACUUCAGAUGAUUGACGACAAGUACGCCGCCAAAGAAAGGGGUGAUUUGUUGGUGUUUUUGAGCGGUUUGUCUGAAAUCAAUUCCGUGGGGGAUCUGCUCAAAGACUACGCCAAAGAGAGCCAGAAGUGGAUCGUUCUCUACCUCCACAGCACUCUCUCGAUCGCAGAACAGGACAAAGUGUUUGAUGUCGCGCCAGAAGGCGUCCGGAAGUGUAUUUUGUCGACAAAUAUCGCCGAGACGUCGCUCACCAUCGAUGGCAUUAGGUUUGUGUGCGAUUCCGGGAAAGUCAAGGAAAUGAGUUUCGAUACGAGUUGUCGGAUGCAAAGACUGCAGGAGUUUUGGAUCAGUACUGCAUCCGCAGAGCAGCGCAAGGGUAGGGCUGGCCGUACGGGUCCGGGAGUCUGCUAUAGGCUCUACUCUGAGGCAGACUUUAAGGCAUUCAAAGCGCACAGUGAGCCGGAGAUACGUCGGGUGCCGCUGCAGUCGCUUCUCCUGCAGAUGAUAUCCAUGGGUCUGCCGGACGCCCGGAAGUUCCCAUUCCUGGAGCCGCCGGCGCUCAAGAGUGUCGAGGAGGCCAUACGUAGUCUUAAGGAGCAGUCGGCGCUCACGGAGGACGAGGCGCUGACACCGAUGGGCAAAAUGCUGGCCCGACUGCCGGUCGACAUAACGAUCGGCAAAAUGUUGAUUCUUUCGUCGGUUUUCGACUUAACAGAACCCAUACUGUCGUUGGCGGCGGCGCUCAGCGUCCAGUCGCCCAUCACUAACCAAUCCAUUCACGAUAGGGACGCCAUAGAGGGUAGACGUUCCCUGCAGUCGACAGAAGGCGAUCCCUUCACGCUAUUGAAUGCGUACAACAAAUGGCUUGAAGUGAAGUCAGAUCAGCAGAACUCGAAGCAGUGGUGCCGCCGAAAAGGUCUCGAAGAGCAACGCUUCUACGAGAUGACGAAAUUGAGGCAACAGUUUAAGGAUAUACUGAAAGAGACGGGUCUUUUGGAUAGCGGCGCCUCCGGAUACGGUGUUAGAGAUGUCAGUAGUUUUGAGUCCAGCGCUGAUCGGAUCCGACGACACGGAGAGUUAAAACAGUUGAGACAAUUGAAGCGAGAGUUUGAUAGAAAAGCGCCGAAACGGAGGAAAAUGUUGAAAAUGGAGGCCUUCGGGGACGGGGAUGACGAGGACAGGGAGGGUGAGCCGCAAGUCGAUGUGAAGGACGUGGAGUUCCGAUUAUCCCACGACCGAAGACAAGUGCAGGCAUUGAGGGACGCCAGCCGAGGGUACAGCCAUCGGGACAUUACGCUAAUGAAGUUAAUACUAUGCAAUGGACUGCACCCGCAGUUGGCUAUAGGCGACGACCAUAACUCAUACAAAACCGAUUCCGAUCAGAUGUUCCACACAAAGGACAAACCAUUUGUGACACUCCAUCCGAAUGGUGUGUUUGCCUUAGAGCCAGAUCUGCUAAGACUGAAUGAUAGGUCCGGUGAUGAUCCCGAUAUGAUAAGCUCCAGCCAUCAACUCAUAGCUUAUGUAUCAUUACUGGAGACAACGAAACCCUAUUUAUGUAAUUGUGUUCGCAUUCCGUCGGCGCACGUACUGCUGCUCGUGUCCAACGCUAUCGACACUAACCACGACUUCUCCAGAAUCGUAUGCGACGGUUGGCUAGAAUUGCAAUUCGCAAACAGCCUGUCCUCACAGCAGUUCAUAUCUCAAGCGUUAGAAGUCCGUGAUUUAUGGCUACAGUUAUUGCAUAAACUGUUUUCUGAGUGUUUUGUGAGCAAUGAUGGCGAGACGGAUGGGUCGGGCGUUAGAGACGAUGCGGAUGUGCGCCGAAUGCGAAGCCAAUUAGUGAAGUGUAUCUACAGUUUCAUUCGCACCGACAUCUCGUUUAAGAUAAGACGCCUAUUGGCGGCCGAUAUUAAGGACUUAUAUAUGGGUCGCAGCGAUGAGGAACUGUCGCUCACCAAACAUCUUCAGCGCAAUAAACAGUUCAAUGACUGCGCGAACCGACACCACAGCGACGACUACACCGUUCAUCCCAUUAAAGGCGGUCUACAGAUCAGACCAUAUCUCACAUACAACUGUCUGGUGUCCAGUCACUCGCAAUCGACACAAAAUCUAAUGAAAAAGAAGUGGAAGUGCGAGACGUGUGGCCAAGAGAUGUCAUCGACUCCUUUAGAUCGGAUCAGACACUCCGAGAAGUGUAAACCCAUUAUCAAAACUGAUGGUUCACUUGAUAACAAUGCUGAUGAUGGCGAUGGUAGUGAUGACGCCAUACAAUCCCAGGCCUACGACCCCUUAAAGAUUCUCUACAACUGUACGGAAUGUCAGCAAAAAUUAUUAUUAACAUCGACUCAAAUACUAAGACAUAAACGCAAUCAUCAGUUAAGUAGCGCUGAGACUAAGACCGAAAGCGAGGUUCAGAUCAAAAGCGAACCAAAUGUUUGUUAAAAUAUUAUAUACUGUAUGCAAACAUAUUGUGAACAUAAAAAAGGUCUAUGAAUUGUAUGUUAAAAUGUAUUUAAAAUUUAUUUUUUACGCAG